UUUUGCGUCGGCGUCUUCUGCAGCGUCUCCCGUUGCCUGAGUUGUCCUCGUAGCCCUGAGCGGCGCGCGUCCCCGAUAGUCAUGGCGUUGAAGGCUGUGUGCGUGCUGAAGGGCGACGGCCAGGUUCAGGGCACCAUCCACUUCGAGCAGAAGGAAAAUGGGCCAGUCAUGGUAUCGGGGUCCAUUUCAGGAUUGGCCGAAGGCGAUCAUGGAUUCCAUGUCCAUCAGUUUGGAGAUAACACACAAGGCUGUACCAGUGCAGGUCCUCACUUUAAUCCUCUGUCCAAAAAACAUGGUGGGCCAAAGGAUCAAGAGAGGCAUGUUGGAGACCUGGGCAAUGUGACUGCUGGCAAAGAUGGUGUGGCCAUUGUGUCUAUUGAAGAUCCUGUGAUCUCACUCUCAGGAGACCAUUCCAUCAUUGGCCGCACAAUGGUGGUCCAUGAAAAACCAGAUGACUUGGGCAAAGGUGGAAAUGAAGAAAGUACAAAGACGGGAAAUGCUGGAAGUCGUCUGGCCUGCGGCGUGAUUGGGAUCGCCCAAUAAGCAUUCCCUAGGACGUGGUCUGAGUCCUAGUAACUCAUCUGUUGUCUUGCUAGUUGUAGAAAUUUAACUUGAGAAAUGUUAAACACUGUAACCUUAAAUGUGUAAUUUGUGUGACUUUUAAAAAUUGCUUUACGUUCCUGUAAUGAGAACUGAUUUGUGAUCAUUUGGAAGAUUUGUAUCUUUGUAAAAGUCAUAUUCAGUUAAAAUGUGUUUCAUUGAUCUCUGUAUUUUGCCACACUUAAUCACAUGUGGAUAUUAAACUUAAUUGUCUGUCUUCAGUUCUCACUUAAGCCUGCAAUAAACAGAUACUUUCUCUGA